AUCUGGUUUACUUGCGCUGACACUUUCUAUGCUACCUGCAGAGCGUUGCAUGCGUUAGUAGCUGAUUAUGGGAGUUGCCUCCAACAACUUGAAGAUGCAGAGAAACGGCAGCGUGUGCAGUGCAACGCGCAUUAGCUCUGAAAUGAAAUGCUUUUCGUAUAGCAAAUGAGCUUUUAUCUAGCUUGAACAGCCUCGUCGCUGUGUUGAGUCUCUAGAGUUUUGAGCAUCGAGCAUGCAUGAGUGUCAUUCAAGUCAUGGGAGACGACGACUAAGGGUUACGGAUCAUCACAGCGAGUGGGUUCGUCAGCUGGACUGCAUGUAUGCUGUCUUGAUCUCCGGGAGAGAGCUCUCAGCCGGGCCAUCUUUGUGUAGAGAUGACAAGAGCGAGCAGCGCUGUUGCAGCAGUGAUGCGGCUGAUUUGACCUCAUGAUGGAGUACCUACCGUUUCUGAAAGAUGAUGUCUUACUGGUAGUAUGUGAGCAUGCCCAAUUUUGGUAACUAAAGGACCCGCCUGAGAGCACUUCCUAUGCGGUAGAUGCUACUAUACGAGCGAGCGCCUCAGCAGCUGUUAGGAAAGCAUAGUUUUGUGUUUUGCAUUGGACGAGGCUGUCGCUGCUGGAGUUUACACACCCUUCAUCAGGUCACUUGAAUUUGGAAAUUGAGAUGGAUAUACCGGCUUGUGCUUGC